GCCCUCGUCCUCGCCCGGCGAGACGGCAAACCACGGCGUUUGCACUGUCCAUUCAACUUCUAGUCGUCUUCCUCCGACUGCAUCCACUCCAAACCGUACCCAGAUAUGAUCGGAAGACUCGUACACUACGGCGUCGACGCCGUUUUACUAUCCACCGUGCUGGCAGGCGUACGGCGGUCGAGCGGUUUCUCACCCUCUACCGAUGCUCUCAGCGACCCUACGUUCAAGUCGCUCGCCGACAAGUACCUCGGAGUUGGCGAGACGAUAUUCGAUGUGAUUCAAGCCACGGCCGUGAACAGCACGUUCUUCAAGAAGAGCAGCUGAUCGACCUGUCCGAGUUGGGGUCUUGCUAUAGACUGAGCGGGAGGGUGCAUAAUGCCGGUCACGAUCAUUAUUUAUCUGCUGUCGUGUGCGUGUAUAUGGAACCAUUCAGCAUAAUCUCAUCGCGCUACUCUUGCAUAUCAAGC